AAUGUAUAAUCUAUUAAGGAAACUAUUGGCCGAUAAUUUCUCUAAAUUCGUGGAUUUAGUGGAAAACUCGAAUUCGAAACUUGAUCUCAAUGAACAAGACGAUGAUGGAAAGACGCUUUUAAUGUUUGCCGCAGAACUUGGUAGAAUAGAUGCUCUCGAUUUUUUGAUACAAAAAGGCUGCGACAUUUCCAUCGUUUGUAAAUCAGAUAUGAAUUGUAUCCAUUAUUCGCUUUUGGGUGAUAACGAAAAUGCGGAAAAUGUUUUAAGGAGACUUAUAAUAUAUAAUGCUGAUUUUAGCCAACGGAGCGUAAAUGGAACACCUUUAUCAUUAGCUACUAAAUCAGGCUUGAACGGAUGUGUUUCGUUAAUAAUUAAAUACUUCCCGGGACUUGUUAAUAGUGAGCCCCUAAUUUAUUACGCCAUUCAAACGAAGCACUUCGAUUUAGCGCGCAAGCUAAUAGAAAUCGACGAAAUCGACGUCGACCUUAGGGCUGGCCAACGUCAACAGACGGCACUGCAUCUGGCGGCAGCGAUGAGUGAGGUUGAAUUAGUGACGGCUCUAUUAAAGAAGAGUAAAGUCAAUAUUGAGGACGAUACUGGAAAAACUUGUUUACAUUUAGCUGCGGAAAAUGGUGUUUUCAAAAUUAUUAAACGCUUAGUUGACGCUGGAUUAGACGUAAAUAAGCAGGAUAGUACUCUAUGGAAGUUUACUCCGCUUCAUCAAGCGUCUCAGAGAGGCUUUGUAGAAACAGUAGAAGAACUUUUAGAAAACGGAGCGAACGUUGACGUUCUCGAUGGAGACAAUAGAACUCCUUUGAUAUUAGCUAUAAUUGCCUGUCAACCUCUAACAGCUUUGAGGCUAGUUCAGGAAGGCUGCAAUGUCAACGCUUGUGUGUCGGGAACAAUUAUGAACAUAUCGGAUAAACCCGUACAUGCUCUUGAUCUAGCAAGAGCUCUACAAUUCGAGCCAAUCGUUGAUCUACUAGUAGAAGCCGGAGCUACCUCUGUCUUUCGACAGGUUGUUCCAACACUUUUAUGUUUAUCAGCGAACAAACUACGUCAGGCACUAAAACCUAAAGUCCGCAAGAAGAUUAACCUCCAACCUCUACCUUAUCCUAUUAAACGAAAGCUUCUAUUUUAUGAUUUACAUUCAGCUUUUAAAACAAUCGAGCAUGAACCAUAG